AUAGAAGAAACAAUCACUAUUGAAAAUAGAUCACAUCUUAAGAAAGUAUGCAAAGAGAAGAUAUCAGAUACUCAACAACAUACCUACACACUAGUAAAAAUCAAUGACUUCAAUGUAGAAAUAGAUAUCAAAGAAGAGGUAGAAUUAGAUCAAAACCCAAAUAAGGAAGAUAUUGAAGAAGCAUGCAUGGCAAGUCCCAAAAUAAUUAAAGAAAAG